CCCCGGCCCGGGUGCGCGUGCGCAGCCCGUUUCUCCUCGCACCCGAGUCCCCGCCCGUUUCCCGCCCAGAUCCGCCUGCCCGCCCGCUCGCCUGCCCGCCCUCCGGCCAGCCCGGUCCCGGCCCUCCCUCCUUCUGCCGCCCGGGCUGGUGAGGAGGCGGCUCCAUGUUUUCUUUCCUGCGAGCGGCGGCGGCGGCGGCCUCAACAGAAAGCGGGGAGAAGGCAGAACCAACUGAAAGAGCGGGCCGGGAUUUAGCAGGCGUGUCCACUCCUCGGAUCUGGCCUUUCUCCAGCAGCAGUGCAACAACACAGCGCAUGCGGCCUCUGCUGUCCGUCGGCUCUUUGGGCUGGUGUGCACCAUGGCAUGGUCCAGUUACUUUAUAAGAGGUUUUCUAGGUGGUAACACCAUGGAGCGCCCGGCCCCCUGCCCUGUGCAGAUCGUCGUGGUGAACAAGGAUCAGCACUCCUUCAUGUUGGACGAGAAGGCCUUGACUCGGGUCCUCUUACAAGAGCACAUCAGGGACCUAGACGCGGUCGUGGUGUCAGUGGCCGGAGCCUUCCGCAAGGGCAAAUCUUUCUUCCUGGACUUCUUGCUUCGCUUCCUGUAUAACCAGAAGGAGCGUGACCAUCCACAGUGGCUGGGUGACGAGGAUGAGCCUCUCACAGGAUUUUCGUGGCGGGGGGGUUCUGACCCUGAAACGACUGGAAUUCAGAUCUGGAGUGAAAUUUUCAUUAUGGAAAAGCCUGAUGGGAAAAAGGUUGCAGUAAUUUUGAUGGAUACUCAAGGAGCUUUUGACAGCCAUUCGACGGUGAAGGACUGUGCAACCAUAUUUGCCCUCAGCACCAUGACCAGCUCCAUCCAGAUUUAUAAUUUGUCCCAAAACAUUCAGGAGGACGACCUACAGCAGCUGCAGUUAUUCACGGAAUAUGGUCGGCUGGCAAUGGAUGAAGUUUCCCAGAAGCCCUUUCAGACGCUGAUGUUUCUGAUCCGAGACUGGAGCUUUCCUUAUGAGUACAGCUACGGACUUGAGGGAGGCAUGGCAUUUCUGGAGAAGCGCUUGCAGGUUAAGGAGCAGCAGCACGAGGAAAUUCAGAACGUCCGAAAUCACAUUCGCUCAUGUUUCACCAGUGUCAACUGCUUCCUCCUCCCACACCCGGGGCUUCAGGUGGCCACGAGCUCGUCCUUUGACGGAAAACUGAAAGACAUCUCUCCUGAAUUCAAAGAACAGUUACAGACGCUGAUACCAUUUUUGUUAGAACCAAGCAAGUUAAUGGAAAAGGAGAUCAACGGCUCCAAAGUCAACUGUCGGGGCCUGCUGGAGUAUUUUAAGGCCUACAUUAAGAUUUACCAAGGAGAAGGGCUGCCUCAUCCCAAGUCAAUGCUUCAGGCCACUGCGGAAGCCAACAACCUAGCCGCGGCGGCGUCUGCCAAGGACAUGUACUACAACAACAUGGAGAAGGUCUGCGGAGGGGAGAAGCCCUACCUAGCGUCGGACGCCCUGCAGCAGAAGCACGACGAGUUCCGGAAGCAGGCCAUAGAACAUUUCAAGAAGAGCAAGAAGAUGGGGGGCAAGGACUUCAGCCUGCGCUACCAGAACGAGCUGGAGAGGGAGAUCCAGGAGCUGUACGGCCACUUCAUCAAGCACAACAGCAGCAAGAAUGUGUUCAGCUCUUUCCGCACGCCGGCCGUGCUCUUCAGCUUCAUCCUGGUGCUCUACCUGAGCUCGGGCCUCUCCAGCUUCCUGGGCCUCGAGAUGAUCACCCAGCUCUGCAACUGCCUGCUGGGGCUGCUCUUCAUCUCCCUGCUGACCUGGGGCUAUGUCCGCUACUCGGGCCAGUACCGUGAGCUGGGCGGCGCCAUCGACUCCAGUACGGCCUUCGUCCUCGAGCAGGCUACCUCCUGCAUGAGUAAUUCCACUCCUGAGACCGUCGGGGAAGCCGAGUGCAGGAGACCGCUGGUGGAUAAAAAGUGCCAAUAAAGUGGGGCCUUGGCCCGGGCAGACCGCGUCCCGCUGCGGCCGCCCCGGACCUCCAGCAGCAGCCAGAGCUCACCUGUGAGGGGGACGCCAUCCUGCAAGACUCGAAAUACAAUGCUGUAAUAAAUGGAGCAGACGUUUGCCUGUGGCUUAAACCCACCUCCAGGACUGUCGGGAGCCUUUCUUUCCUUUCCGGUAGAGGUCCAAGCCCUUGUCUUGUUCUUGUAUUAUUUCGCUUUUCCUUUUUUUGCACUUUAUAUAGGGGAGGGGGGAGGCUGGAGGCCAAAAGCAAAAGCAGCUUGAAAAGUCCUUUUUGUACCACAGAGUGCCUUUUGAUCUGGACUCGUGCUAGCCAUGGAUAUGCUGGGGAGGAAAGAGGACCUAGGGAAGGAAUGGGCAGGUUGUGUUGCCACAUGUCACCUCUGGCAGGCGUCCCGAGGCGCCGGGCCGAAGACUUCUGUCCGGGAGAGUUGGAAAGCAGGCUCCUCGUGCCCCUGUAGCCUCCUGUGUGCCUCUGCCCUGUGGCCACGGCCAGCCUCCUUGGGGAAGGGGAGGCAGGGACACUGGCCCCGGGUGCCCGUGCUCUUCUGCCUUCCCGGCUCUCACCAUGGCUUCCUUUUAGCCCAGAACGUCGGAGGGAAAUGGCCGGCGGAGGACAAAGUGCACGGGCUCAAACCAAGAAAUAAACUGAGUGACCCCUGACAAGUCACUUGAUCCUGUGCCUUGGUCCAAUUCACUGUGUCUCCUGUACUCAAAAUCUGAGCUUUAGUUUCAGAUUUUUAAUUUUGUCUUAAAAUAGCCUCGUUCUCCCAGAAGCUGCGUCAGGGCAGACCUUUCUGGAGGACCAGGGAAGUCUUAACCGAAUAGAACUGCCUUCCUUCCGAUGGUGCCUUGGGGGCCAGAGGCUCAGCAGGUGUUAUUCCACUGUCUGGGGGACCCCAGGAGCAGCUGCCACCCUCUCCCCUGCCCCCCAAUCCCUCCUGGGUGCGUGGAGGAAUGUAACCAAGUGAGAUCCCGGCUCCGGGGCCGCCUCUCCCUUUUGGGGAGAUUCUGGGCCAUGGCCGGCAGGGCCGAUCUGGCCAUGAUUUCGAUGGGACUGGUUCUGAUCUGAUCCGCUGGCCGCUUCUCUGCUUCAUUCUGCCAGAUUUUAACUCUUUGUUUUCUCUGAGGUGUCUCUCUGUCCUUGGACCCUGUCUGUGUGCGAGAUGGAGUUUCCAAAGUGAAUGAGUGUUGCAUUUUGGGAAGGUUGGGAAAGCAAGAUAGCGUUUGAUCAUGUGACUUCUAAACGGCCAGUUCAGGCCCCUUGAGUCUGGCCACCGAGGCCUCCUGUCUGGAUUGCCCGAUCGUCCCUCUCAGGGUUUUGUAUCCUCUUAAGUCCAAGAAUAAUUCCAAAUGUAUUGUCUUACUAGUCGUUUCUCUUUCUUCCAAAAUCCAACAUGGUGACUCACAGAUGGCACUUUGUAAAUGGGAGCUGUUACUGUAGCAGUUGCAUGAAAUGGGGCGCCUCUUUUACUGGCCUCCUCAAACCUCUGCUUUGAGGGGACUUCUGGUGGGCGGCUUUCCCAGGAGCCCCCGUUUGGGGAAGUUGCCCUUCUAUGGUUUGUUAGAGCCGGAGAGCAGCUUUCCCCCUCGAUGUCAUCCAGAAUCAGAUGGGUGGGUCCCGGGCCCUUGGCCGGCUCCUGGCUCUGAGGUAAAUGCCAGGUCUUUGGUCGCUUGGUAUUUGGCGCAGCCUUUAUUCAGUGGCUGAUGGGCUUGGGGCCUCCGGCUUUCCCCUGGUGCUGCCUUUCCUCGUGGAGCCAAGUCUUGUCUUGGCCGGCUUGGCUGGAGUCUGCCCGGUCUAGUCUCAGCCAGGACCGGGGGCCGCCUCAGUUUACAUUUGAGCCUUUUUGCACCCUCCCAGCUGGACGUGGAGGCCGGCGCUGUGGUUCCCAGGUGGCUGGUCUCCUCUGGUCGCCCUUGUGCUCGUCUCCCUUGGCACAUUCCCUUGAUAGUUUUUCAAGCACAAAUGGCAAACUCGGGGUCCUGAGAUGCGUCUCUCCUAGAUGCUGACUUCAUCUCUGGUUUAGAGAGGACCCGGAGCCCCCAGAGGGGACUUGCACUCGGGUCCCGAGGACUAGCAAUUGACGGCUCUCCGUUGUGCCAGGGGCCUGAGAGAGCCCGUUUGUCCACCGCAGAGUGAGAGGUGGCCGGGCCGAUGGUCCGCUGUGUCUUUGGAGCGCCGUGCGUGUGGUUGGCAUCUGCAGAGGGGCCGGCCCAGCUGCUGUGGCUUCCCCUCGGACGCCCCCGUUGACACGGGUUCGGAGAGUCUCAUUUGGGCAGAAGCAGCUUGGAUUUUUAAGUGUUUUUUAAAAGAAUCUUUGGAUUAAUGUGAUUUGUAGCACAUCUAGGGCUUGGACCUUCAGUUCUCUGCUGGCAGAAAAACCAUGGCUUGCUAUAGCCAGAAGCGCCCCGGGUGGUUCUGGGCCAUGGCUACUCGCCUCCGGCCCUGGGCCCCCCGCCCCCACAUUCCACUAGGUCACGCACACAGCCUCAGUUUCACCAUUUGAAACGGGAUCCGUGUGUUUGACCUUUGAGUAACUUAGUCCGUAAGAUAAUGGAUGCAGUCGGGAGCCGAGAGUAGGGUAAGACACCCCAGCGUCUCGUCCGCGGGCCUGGGGAUCAGGGAACUUGGACCAGCGUGGCCGUGGGUGACCAGGUUUCGUUUGUCCCUACUGGGACGGAUGGUGGCUCCCCACCCUCCCGGGGUGUCCCGGGCUGGCCUGGGAGGGGGUCGUGGCACCUUUUGCCAAGUGGAGCUGGAAAGUCAGCGGAACCCACUUGGGCCGCUGGGUUGGUUUCGUGUUUUUUAAUUAGAAAACGAGCUGGAUCCUUUUAUCCGGCUGCUUAAAUAGGGAAGAUGCUCCUCCGGCUCCAAAAAGAAUCAGUCAGGGAUGGGGAGGCCUGCGACGUGGGGUCCUGGCUGGGGAAGCGGGGCUCCCCCUGGCCCCGGAGCCAAGGGCAGUGAGCCUUGGAAAAGCCGCCUCACCUUUCUCUCCCACAUGGGGAUUCCAAGUGCCAAAGCAAAGAAUGGCCUUCGUCUGGUUCCCAAAGAUUCCCACGCUCGGCCGCCGCGGGCCCCCCUCAGCGGGCCUCUGCUGGGUCUGUCCCGGUGAACUCUGGCGGGGUCCGCGGGUGCCCCCCCCCCCCAGCCGUUGUUUAGUUUGUGCAAUCCGAUGAGCCUGUACCCAUCCGCCUGUACUCUGGACUCUUACCAGAAGCCUGCAUGUCUCUGUAUCACAUUCCCCCAGAGUUGUGAGAUUGUGUAAUGGAAUAAAGACCACAACCUGUUUUCAUAUG